AUGUCCGGGGACGAAGCAUCUACCGCGCGGACCCGCGCGCCAAGUACGGGUCCCCGCUGCCCCGGACCUAUCGUGUCAAAGCCCGGCUUACUUAAGCUUAGCGGUAUCGGCCCUGGUAAGGAAUUACGGCGAUGGGGAAUCCCCGUUGUCGUCGACUUGCCCGGCGUGGGCACCAACCUACAGGAUCGGGGCUCCAUCGCCGAGCGAGGAGCGUACACGACCAGUGGCCUCGCGCUCGCCAUCCUCAAGAAGUCAUCCGUCGCCCCGGAGAUUCCCGAUGUCUUCAUCGCCGGCACCGCCGCCAAGUUCAAAGGUUACUUUCCCGGCUACUCGAGAGAAGCAGGGGCGGAUCCAAGGUACUGGACCUGGGUCGUCCUCAAAGCGCACACGAGGAACCGCGGGGGCACCAUCCAGCUUAGAUCUGCCGACCCGCGCGAUGUCCCCAUCAUCAACUUUAACUACUUUGAGUCGGGAACAAACUAUGCCCACGAGGCCGACAAGGACGCUCAGGCGCUAGUUGAAGGGCUCAACUUUGCUCGAAAGGCCUCCAACAUCAACGACACCGCCGAAUUCCAGGAGAACUGGCCAGGCCGCGAAUUCGGCUCGAAAGAAGCCGAGAAACAGUGGGUUAAGGACCAGGCCUGGGGCCACCACGCUUCCUGCACGUGCCCCAUCGGCGCCGAUAACGACCCCAUGGCCGUCCUGGACUCGAGAUUUCGCGUGCGAGGUGUCGACGGCUUACGCGUCGUCGAUGCGAGCAUUUUCCCCAAUAUUCCCGGAUACUUCCUCGUUUUGCCCGUUUACAUGAUUAGCGAGAAGGCUGCCGAUACCAUUCACCAGGAUUCUCGAAGGAGGUAUUGA